ACCACUGAACAAAAUGCUUUUCCUCCCAGCUGCUGCUCUGUGCUGUCUGUGUUCAGCGCUGGUUGCCAUGGCAGCACAGCUGAUUCAGGAUGAUUUAACAUUGACCAGGAGAGCUGGUCAAACAGUUUCCUUCAGCUGUCGAGGAACUGACCAGUGUGACAGUGAUUAUGUAUUCUGGUACCAGAAGAAAGACAAAGAAACAUUCAAAGCGAUUCUUGAUAUUAACAGGAAUAAUGGUGAAUUAUAUAAAGGUUACAAUCACCCUCAGAAAGAUGAUUUCUCAGCUCUCAAUAAACAGAAAGGCUGUGAGUUGCAGAUCCAGACAGUUAAACUCUCACAUUCAGCAACCUACUACUGUAGCUGCUACAGAUACGAAUACGAGAUCUUUGGCUCUGGCACUAAACUGUUUGUAGAUGGGCAGGUAGUGAACCCCGUGGUGAGCGUGUACCCAGCAGCAUCCAGAGCCCACCUGGAGGGGAAGAGGUCCCUGCUGUGUCUGGCCUCAGGCAUGUCUCCUCCUCUGGUCCAGUUCUCCUGGAAAAGACAGAAGACGAACGGCCAGCUGGAGGAUCUGACCCCUGCUAAGUUUGAGCAGCUGGAGCUCAGAGAGUCGGGACGCAGCGCCUCCAUCCUGCUGCUCCAUCAGCAAGAGAACAGCACAUGUAAAUAUCGCUGCUACGUCAAGCACGAGGGGGGCACAUUUGAGGCCCAAACAGAAGUGCUCUUCCAGUUUCAGUGCAGGGUGCUGCUGCUCUGUGUGCUGUACACAGUGCUGAUAGUGAAGAGUCUGGUGUACUGCUGUGGACUCUCUCUGCUGAUGAUCCUCAGAAACUAGGGACCGUCCACCAACUGCACAUAUGCUGACUGACUGUUUCCUGCUCGCCUUUUCUCACCAUCACAUCUCAUCAAUUCAUCUCAUUCAUCACUUUGAUCAGUCUUCAUAAAUGUCACUUAUGACGUGUUGUGCUUGUUUUUACAUUUUCUCUCUUCAUGCACAAGUUAGAUACAGUUGUGCUAAAUAUAUAAAUACAUAUAUACUCAUAUAUAUUUACAAA